GUGAAACCGCAGUGCCACGCGGAGUGAGAGACGAGGCACGCGCCGUGCGCGGCACACAAAGCCGGGGCCGUCGGUAGAUGGCGGUAACCCAAGAAAGCCUGAUCCAGCGGGCUCCCGUGCACUCCGGCUCAGUUUGCAGCACUCGCGUUGGAGACACAGAGGAGCAGAACAGUUUGAAGGACAUCAAGAAGAAAGAGCAGGGCUCGCGCCGGGUCCUCUCCAGCUGAAGGCGCAGCCCUCGCGAGCAGGCGGCGGACCCGCUUCACCACACACACACACACCCACACCCGCACGCACAGAAACCCGAACACCAUGGAAGACAAAUCCAACUCGUUUUCCAGCAAUAAGGAGGAGAAGGCGGACGGGAAUAAUGUGUUUCAAAGGCAAGACUCGAUACAGAAGAACAGCACGGGGAGCCAGAACACGAAGGACCACGGCAACUCCGUGGGCUUCAAGGGGGAGCGGGAAGAGGCCAUGGUCGGCUUUGAUGAUUUGGACGGGGCGUCCAGGCAGUAUGGUUUCAUGCAGAGGCAGUUUGGGGCGAUGAUGCAGCCCGGAGUCAAUAAGUUCUCCUUGCGUAUGUUCGGCAGUCAGAAAGCCGUGGAGAAGGAGCAGGAACGGGUCCAGACGGCCGGGUACUGGAUUAUUCACCCGUAUAGCGAUUUUAGGUUCUACUGGGACUUGAUAAUGCUCAUCAUGAUGAUGGGGAAUCUAAUCAUCAUUCCUGUGGGAAUAACCUUCUUCUCAGAGCAGACUACCACGACCUGGCUGGUCUUCAACGUGGCUUCGGACACCAUCUUCUUGGUGGACCUGGUCAUGAACUUUAGGACGGGGAUUGUCAACGAGGAAAGCUCCGAGAUAAUCCUCGAUCCCAAGGUCAUCAAGAUGAAUUACCUGAAGAGCUGGUUCGUUGUGGACUUCCUGUCCUCCAUUCCAGUGGAUUAUAUCUUUCUAAUAGUGGAGAAAGGCUUUGACUCUGAGGUUUAUAAAACAGCACGAGCACUGCGAAUCGUCCGCUUCACCAAGAUCCUCAGUCUCCUCCGUCUGUUAAGAUUGUCCCGGCUCAUCAGAUACAUACAUCAGUGGGAAGAGAUUUUCCAUAUGACCUAUGACCUGGCGAGUGCAGUGGUAAGAAUAUUUAAUUUGAUAGGGAUGAUGCUGCUUCUGUGUCACUGGGAUGGCUGUCUCCAAUAUCUGGUGCCUCUCCUUCAAGACUUUCCCCCUGACUGCUGGGUGUCCCUAAAUGGUAUGGUUAACGUGUCCUGGGGGAAGCAGUACUCUUACGCCCUCUUCAAAGCCAUGAGCCACAUGCUGUGCAUCGGGUAUGGUGCCCGGGCCCCCGUCAGCAUGUCUGACCUGUGGAUCACCAUGCUGAGCAUGAUCGUAGGCGCCACGUGCUACGCUAUGUUUGUGGGCCAUGCUACUGCUCUUAUCCAGUCACUGGACUCGUCACGCAGGCAGUACCAAGAGAAGUAUAAACAAGUGGAGCAAUACAUGUCCUUCCACAAGCUCCCAGCAGAUAUGCGGCAGAAGAUCCAUGACUACUACGAGCACCGCUACCAAGGCAAAAUAUUUGACGAGGACAACAUCCUGAGUGAACUGAACGACCCGCUCAAAGAGGAAAUUGUCAACUUCAACUGCCGUAAGCUGGUGGCCACCAUGCCUCUGUUUGCCAACGCAGACCCCAACUUUGUGACCGGGAUGCUGAGCAAAUUGAAGUUCGAGGUUUUUCAGCCCAAUGACUACAUCAUCAGGGAGGGCACGGUUGGAAAGAAGAUGUACUUUAUUCAGCAUGGUGUCGUGAGCGUCAUCACCAAGUUCAACAAGGAGAUGAAGCUGACUGAUGGAUCCUACUUUGGAGAAAUCUGUCUGCUCACUAAGGGCAGACGAACAGCGAGUGUGCGUGCAGACACGUACUGUCGACUCUUCUCACUCUCCGUUGACCAUUUCAAUGAGGUGCUAGAGGAGUACCCCAUGAUGCGACGGGCUUUUGAAACCGUCGCCAUCGACCGAUUGGACCGCAUCGGGAAGAAGAACUCAUUGCUGCUGCAGAAGUUCCAGAAGGACCUGAACGCCGGCGUGUUCAACACACAGGAGAACGAGAUAUUGAAGCAGAUUAUCCGUCAGGACAGGGAGAUGGUGAUGAUGGUGGACCGCAAGCAGUCGGUCACUGGGAUGAACUCAACCCCGGUAUCAGGAAACUCCAUCAUUAACUCACCAGCUCAGCCUCCCUAUUCGACUGCCUUUGGUACCACUCAGCUGCAGCAGUCCUCUGUACCCAUGACCUAUAGUGCUUCAGCUAUUGCCAAUGCCUCUGUUGCUCGCAUGCUGCCGGUCGCUGCUGUUGCUGCAGCAGCAGCGCAGGGAGGUUACCCAAUGCCCAGUGUUUCUCACAGUAACCUAAAUUCUUCUUCACAAACACCACUGCAGCAGCAAGGGACAAUCAUGUCUCCUUGCUCCUUUACAGCUGCCAUGUGCAGCCCGCCCGUGCAGACCCCACUGGCCAGCCGGAGUUUCCAGUACGGCUCACCCACAGCUUCCCAGCUGUCGCUUAUCCAGCAGCCCAUCGGUCAACCAUCUCUACCCAUGCAGCAACAACUCAGUCAGCAGCCUGCUGCCGCCGCCGCCGCGGCUACAGCAGCCUCGGCAGCACAGCAGCAGCAGGUUCCCUCACCUCAGCGGGGAGACAUCCACAAGAGCACACAGGCUCUCCAGUCAGGCAGCUUGAGUCGAGACGUUCGACACCUAUCGGCUUCCCAACCGUCCCUGCCACACGACACAUCCCUGGGGCCCAGAGCUCAUCCGGCCUCAGGAGACUCUCUGGCCUCCAUUGUUCUACCGACGGCAGCAGCCAUCAAUCUACAAAGUGGCAUCCGCACUACAGUGCCCCAGCGGGUCAAUUUGUUCCGGCAGAUGUCGUCAGGAGCCUUGCCCCCGGUGCGCUCAGCGGCAUCGGUGGCGGCGGCGGCGGC